GGGAAACUGAUCCAGGCGGGGAGAGCCGGGGGAUGGAGAGGGGAGGAGAGGGAGAGCGUCUCCAGCCUCCGAUCAUGCGCUCGAGCCGGGCUCCGAGGUCCCAGGGGGCUGGGGAGGCGGUGGUGCCGGGGUGCAAGCAGCGGUGUGAAGGAUUUACACGUGGUGGAGGGGAGAGCGGGGAGAUCGCACCCGUUAAGCAUUUGCUUUUGGUGUUAGCUGGGAGGUGGAGCCGCUCCGGGUGCCCUUGGAGCUGGGGACUUAUUGUUGGAGGGAACUUGUGACAGUGAGAGGUGAAGGGGGGCGAGAUGGGGACGUGGAGCGGGAGUGUGGGGGCUCGCACGGGGCACGGCCUCUGCUCUCGGCUCGAGCCCUUCCCCUCGUUGCUGCACGCUCGCUCCACACUGACCCAUAAAUUAUUGAAGUGCUUUUGUGUUCCUGCAUGAAAUAUUCAUCCCGCUGCCAGGGGAGCUGGCCGUGCGCUCGCGGGGGCUGCCGGGGUGAGGAGCAGCGGCGCGCAAAGAAACGCCGGCAGAGACCUGAGAUGGACACCUUCAGCACCAAGAGCUUGGCCCUGCAGGCCCAGAAGAAGCUCUUGAGCAAAAUGGCUUCCAAGACCGUGGCCAACGUCUUCAUCGACGACACGAGCAGCGAGAUCUUGGAUGAGCUCUACCGGGCCACCAAGGAGUACACCCACAACCGCAAAGAGGCCCAGAAGAUCAUCAAAAACCUCAUCAAGAUCGUGAUGAAGCUGGGCGUGCUGUACCGCAACGGGCAGUUCAGCCCCGAGGAGCUGCUGGUGAUGGAGCGCUUCCGCAAGAAGGUGCAUACCUUGGCCAUGACAGCCGUCAGCUUCCACCAGAUAGACUUCACCUUCGACCGCAGGGUCAUGUCGGGUGUGCUCACCGAGUGCCGGGACCUGCUGCACCAGGCUGUCAACAGCCACCUGACAGCCAAAUCACACUCCCGCAUCAACCACGUCUUCAAUCACUUUGCAGACUACGAGUUCCUCUCGGCUCUCUACGGGCCGGCCGAGCCCUACCGCACACACCUGAAGAGGAUCUGCGAAGGCGUGAACAAGAUGCUGGAGGAGGACAGCAUAUGAAAGGGGAGGACAAGAGAUAAAAGUGGCCGAGCGGGGCCAUCGGCAGCUGCUGCCAGACUCUGCAUCCUGUUACCUGUGAUACUGAGGCUGGGAUGGACCUAUUUUGGUGAUUACAAGGCUUUCCAUCCUUUUCCCCCUAGUGCUAACUCUCCCAUUUUCUCCUCAUUUACGUGAAAGACUCAACCUCUUGAUUUUGUCUAACCCAUGCCCAGGAUCUGCAAACCUCCCUGUGCUGGGCAGAGUCCUUUGCAGGUGAUCCUGGGCUUCUGGCCUCCCUGGGCUCCUGAUGUACAUUUUUUUUCCCUUUGCCCACCAAGUGCUCUUAGCUCAGAGUCCAAGGAACUGGCUGGAACUGGACUCUCUGCACUGAACUUGAUUGUAAUCCUCCUAUGGAAAGAAACAAACCAAAGACUCGUGGUGUACAACACCUGUAAGGUGAAUCUGAGUGGGUGGGCAGCUGCUUGGAUGAAUGGUUGUGAGACCCUCUUACUGGAGGGUUUCGGAGCUGCGUGGCUGUAUUUCAGCAGGGUUUGAGCAGCUCCACGAUACAGUGGGAACAAGCCAUUCCCCAGGCUUGUACUGCCCAGCACAGGAAUACACCUCUGUGCCUUUCAGGCUGGAAAGGGCUUUGGCCUCCUAAAGACAAGUCCUGGCAACCAGAAGGAUCUCCCUUGCACUGUCCCCUGGGGCUGCGCAAGGGGCAUGCAGAGAGGUGCAGGGAUCUUCUCAUCCCAGGCACAUCUAUACACACAAAACUCGGCUGGAAUCGCCCUCCUGCGGACGGUGUCACUGUGAUUGCUUAGAUGCCUUCCUCAGUAGUUGUGCAAAGCUGUCCCGAGAAUUUCACACGUUUUACAUGUCCCUGAGUGAGUUAUGAUUGUUAUUUUUUAGCAAACUCUGUAGCCCUGAUGAGUUAUUUAAAUAAACUCACCUGUUCAGCUUGGUUGC